AUGUUACAAUUACCUCUUUCACUCUUCAUUUUUCUCUCUGUCUUCUCUUCUCUUCUCUCCCCCCCCCGUCUACUCUUUUUCUCUCUUCGUCUUUUCUUUUCUCACCACUUUCUCCUCCUCUUAUGCCCUCGUCUACUGUUCUCUUCGUCUUCUCUUUUCUUUCCUCCUUCUCUUCCCCUUCGUCCACUUUUUUCUCUCCUCCUCCUCCUCCUCCUCCUCCUCCUCCUCUUCCCUUCCCUCUUCGACUUCUCAUUUCUCUCUUUGUCUUCUCUUUUUUCUCCGCCUCCUCUUCUCCUCGUCUUCUCUUUUCUGUCUUCGCCUUCUCUUCUCCCCUCUGCUUCUCUUUUCUCUCCAACUCCUCUUUCCCCGCCUCAUCAUCGGUUUUCUCUCUUUGUUUUCUCUUUUCUAUCCUCCUCCUCUUAUUUUUCUCUUUUCGUCUUCUUUCUUCUUCUAUUUCCCUCUCUGCUUCUCUUUGUUCUCCUCCUCCUAUUUUCCCGCCUCGUCUUUUGUUUUCUCUCUGUUUUCUGUUUUUUUCUCUCCUCCCCCCCCCUCGUCUUCUCUUUUCUAUCUUCGUCUUCUUUUUUCUCUCUUCCUGCUCUUCCCCCUUCGUCAUCUUUUUCUCUCCUCCUACUGUUUCCCCUCUUCGUCUUCUCUUUACUCUCCCCUACACUUUCGCCCCUCGUUUUCUUUUCUCUCUACGUCUUCUUUUUUUUUUAUCUCCACCUGCUCUUCCCCCUCUCGUCUUCUCUUUUCUCCUUCUCUCUCCUUCUUUUUCUCUUUUCGUCUUCUCUUUUCUCUCGUUCACUGAUCUCUUUUCUCUCAUUUUCUACUUCACAUCGUCCCUUCUUUUCCUUCUCUUCUUCCUCUACGCCAUCUUUUUUCUUUCUCCAUCUUUUAAUUCUUAGCUUUUCCUCCUCUUCUUCCUGUACGCCAUCUUUUUUUUCAUUCUCCAUCUUUUAUUUCUUAUCUUUUCCUUCUCUUCUUCCUCUACGCCAUCUUUUUUUUCUUCCAUACUCAUAG